GGAUAUAAAUGUUGGGAGGAUCAGUUGAGACCAUCCAUUCUGCAGAAGGUCGUGGUGGAGUUCUCAACUUCGGAGACGGCACAAACACGAUCCGCGUCCUGCAAAUACACAGUAAAGGCUGUGACAGCAAUCGUACUGUUCCUAGACUGAGUAAGUGCUAUUUGACUGUUUGAUGAACGAUGGUUCUGUCGCUGCAGGAAGUGCUACAGAAUCCAGAGGUAAUCCGUAACAUGCAGGAGCACCCCAACACCUUCAGGUUUUCGGAAGAGGUGGAUCUGAUGGUGGCGGUGAUGCAGCGGCCGCCUCAUGUGUUCGUCAGGGAAGCGGAGGACGGCAGCAUUGUCAUCUCCGGACCCAUGGCUAAUGUACUCAACAUUCUGGCAGACUCAAUCAACUUUACUUAUCGACUAGUCUUGCCUGAGGACGGGACCUUCGGAACUCUGCUGCCAAAUGGAAAUUGGUCUGGCAUGCUGGAGCUGGUCGUCAACCACAAGGCGGACAUUACGUUAGGACCAUUUGGAUUCGAUUCGAAUAGGAUGAAAGCUUUCGAGUUCACUCGAUCCUUCUUCACUAGCGAUGUCUGUAUUUUGGCUGGAAAAGGACAGCCAGAAGUUGACCCAUGGGGCUUUCUGUUCCCCCUGGAGCCCGUUGUUUGGGCGGUACUGAUAGCAGCUCUCGUGGUGGCUUGGUUAGCAAUGGUGCUGCUUGGCAACAACAACAAUAAAAGUUCCGGAUUCCUCAAAUGGGCUUCUGAUACAUUCUUUCAACAUCUACGAAUUCUUUUACGCCAAGACAUGAUGGUGUUAUACCGUAGUAGUGAGAUGGUGUUGGUGAUGGGAUGGAUGGUGGUGACGAUGAUGGUGAUGUGGAGCUACGGUGGUAACCUGGUCUCCUUACUGGCAGUGCGACACAUCCCUCAGCCCCUUCAUACUAUACGCCAUGUCACCAAUGCCUCGAAUAUCAAGGUCAUCAUGCCUCCACGGACCCUAGUCACCGCUGUUCUUGCCAAAUCUAAAUCUGGACCCCUAAAAGCCCUGGACCAACUGAGGCACGUGGGUCGUGUUAAGUACCAGUCCCGCACCUUCGAGAGGACCAUGGAUACCCUGGUGCGUCGCGGAGAUCAUGUCAUCAUCAGCACUAGACUAACUUUAGACAGCUUUAUAAACACCCUUCAUAAAAAAAAUGGGAGAUGCGACUUCUACAAGGUUGGUGAGGCCUUGUUUAGUCUGACCCACUGUAUGAUUGGCCAGAAGGGCAGCCCACUCAUCCCUGUCAUCAGCUCCAAGGGAUGUUGGUGGUGCUGGGCGCAGGACUUCUGCUGGCUCUGGUCACCUUAUGUCUGGAAAUUUACAUCGACAAACUUGGUGGUGACGGAGCCUUGUAAACCUACCUGUAUACACACCGUCACACCUCAUCACACGGCACAAUUGCGAUAUCUUAGCAACACGAUCGAUACACUGCAUUUCUGUCCCAGCUCAUUACUCAUCACCCCUAAUGGGGUUGUGCAAUAUCUGACAGGGAAGUUUUCGUGCUGAUUAACAUCACAGACGAUUCUAUGGCAAGUUUUCCUAAUGACCAUCGGCACACUGACGAGGCAUUAGGAAGCUUUCCUUCUGAUCUUCACCACUAAUGAUAAGGAUAUAAAAGCUUCCUCCUUAUGUUUACCACCGCAACUAAUGAUUUUACGGGAAGAAGUCCAACUGAUUACCAACACCAAUGGCGAUAACUAGGUUUAUGUGCUUUUACUUGCUUAGGGCUGUCCGUCAUAGCCGACGACGACUCUGCUUCACUAUGAAAUCGAUGAUGAUGAGUGGUGAACUAGGGAUUUUGUCGGCUGUGGAGUCCGAUCCUUGACCUGCAGACUCUAUCGCACAUUGGGCAGCAGGAUAGCUCCGGGUUGGGUGAGAGCAAUCUCGAGAUGUUUGAUUGCCUUGGGUAAAAGUGGAGCGCCGUAGACUUCGGUUGGAUGCAAUAGUCUCAAGAUCGUGCACA